GCCCUCGCCGUUGGAUCCCCGCUCAGGCCUCGGGUCUCCGGCCUCGGGUACCCCCUCAGGCCUCGGGUCCCCGCUCACCGGCCGAGCGGAGCCGCCUUCCUGGCGCAGCGCGGGCCCGGCGGCGGUUGGCUCAGAGGCAUUUCCCUCGCUGCCUCCGGUCGUGCCUUCGCGGGCGGCUGCGGGGGCUUUUACCGUGUUUCUGCGCCUUCCCGGCCUCUGCCGUCGAGUUGGGCGCUAAUGAUCGUGGUAAUUAAGGUACGAAAUUAGAAGUGCCCUUUGUCGUGACUGAAGGCGGCUGCAAGGAGCAGAGCAGGGCCCUUCAGCAGAGAGCUUUUCUAGACCAGGAAGAUGGAGAUGGAGGCUGUGAUGCUGAACUUACGGACUCUGUGCAACCAAUUUGUGCGCCAGGCUGAAGUUUUAAGUGAGGGAAAUGAAUACCAGUUCAUUCAGUUAGCAAAGAACUUCGAAGAGUACCGGAGAAAAUGGCAGGAGACGGAGCAUGAGCUUGGCAAGUACAAAGACCUCCUCAUGAAAACUGAAGCUGAACGUAGUGCUUUGCAUGUGAAGCUGAAACACGCUCGCAACCAAGUGGAUGUAGAGAUCAAACGGAGGCAAAAAGCUGAAACGGACUGUGAAAAGCUGGAGCGGCAAAUACAACUGAUUCGAGAGCUGCUCAUGUGUGAUGCAUCUGGGAGUAUUCAGCUCAGUGAAGAACAGAAGUCUGCCCUCGCCUUUCUUAACAGGCCACAGGUUUCUACUGGGGGUUCAGGCAACAAAAGGCUGUCUACAAUAGAUGAAUCUGGCUCAUUUCUGUCAGAUAUCAGCUUUGACAAGACUGAUGAGUCACUGGACUGGGAUUCCUCUGUGGUGAAAGCUGUCAGGCCGACAAGGAGAGAGAAGCGGCGGUCUUCCAGGCAGUUCAUUGAAGGCCCACCAGGUCCUCAGAAGAAAACCAGAUCAAUUGGCUCCACGGUGGACCAGGGAAAUGAAUCCAUAGUAGCAAAGACGACUCUCAUGGUCCCCAAUGAUGGUGGCCCAAUCGAAGCUAUUUCUACUAUCCAGACUGUGCCUUAUAGUCUGAGAACUCGGAGGAAGAGUGGUCCUCUGCAGCCUUGGAGCAGUGAGUCAAGCAUAGGCAGUAAGCAGCUGGAAUCCAAACCAGAGACUGAUGGCUCUGGCACCCCACAGAACAAUGGGGGAGUGAGGCUGCACGACUUUGUUUCAAAGACGGUUAUCAAGCCAGAAUCAUGUGUUCCAUGUGGAAAGAGAGUGAAAUUUGGAAAAAUCUCUCUGAAGUGCAGAGACUGCCGCGUGGUCGCUCACCCGGAGUGUCGGGACCGCUGUCCUCUUCCCUGCAUCCCCACCUUGACAGGCACUCCUGUCAGAAUUGGAGAGGGCACCUUGAUGGACUUUGUCCCUUCUACUCCUCCAAUGAUCCCUUCCAUCAUAGUGCACUGUGUUAAUGAGAUUGAGCAGCGAGGGCUGCAUGAGACUGGCCUUUACCGAGUAUCUGGCUGUGACAAGACAGUGAGGGAACUGAAAGAGAAGUUUCUUAGAGCAAAAAAUGUUCCUUUGCUCAGCAAAGUGGAUGAUAUCCAUGCUAUCUGUGGCCUUCUCAAGGACUUUCUGCGCAGCCUGAAAGAACCCCUUCUCACAUUCCGGUUAAACAAGACUUUUAUGGAAGCUGCAGAAAUCUCAGAUGAGGACAACAGCAUUGCUGCUAUGUACCAGGCAGUUGGUGAGCUUCCUCAGGCCAACAGGGACACCCUGGCUUUCCUCAUGGUCCACCUGCAGAGGGUGGCUCAGAGCCCAGAGACUAAAAUGGACAUCACCAACUUGGCCAAAGUCUUUGGCCCCACAAUAGUUGCCCAUGCGGUACCUGAUCCUGACCCUAUGACGCUCCUACAGGACACUAAGCGACAACCCAAGGUAGUAGAGCGACUUCUGCUGCUGCCUAUGGACUACUGGAGCCAGUUGAUGAUGGUGGAGCAAGAAAACAUUGACCCAGCACAUGUAAUUGAGAAUGUCAAUGCCUACUCCACACCACGGACACCAGAUGUUCAAGUGAGCAUACUUGGGCCCCUCACCACUCCGGAGCACCAGCUCUCCAAGACUCCAUCAUCAAGCUCCCUGUCCCAGAGGGUCCGCUCUACCUUCAGCAAAACCACCCCCAGAUUUGGGAGCAAAAGCAAGUCAGCAACCCAGCUCGGGCAUCAGGGUAACUUCUUUGCUUCUCCUCUGCUGAAGUGAAGUGGACCUGGGAGGAGGUGUUGUCCUAGCAUUUGCACACCAGUAUGCACCAGUACAAGAAACACAAGUCCUCUCCGUGGCCACUGGCAGCUUAUGUAAUAAGAUCUUUUUCCAUUUAGCUUCCAGCUUAACUGAGACUUUUAAUGGGAUUUUAUUGUGCAAUGUAUUUUUAUUAUCUAAUGCUGUGCUGAAUUUAGUAUUGGUGAAGAAAGUAACUAUCAGGAUUUGUCCAAAGUACUAAUAAAAAAAUGCUGGAGGAACUCGCUGGCACUUUUCAGCAGCAUCCAGACUCGUACCCAUA